AUGCUGGGCGCGGGUGGUGCGGGGCUCGCGCGGGGCGUGCGGGCCGCGUCGCAGGCGUGGCUGCGGGGCUGGCGCGGCCACUCCCUGGCCCUGGCGCGCGCAGCGGGGCCGCCCCGCGCUGGGGACUGGCGGCCCUCGGUGGUGCCUGGGCCGCGCGGGCGUGCGCUCAGCCUGUCGGCCGCGGCCAUCGUGAACUCGGCGCCCCGCCAUGUGCAGCCCUACCUGCGCCUCAUGCGGCUGGACAAGCCCAUUGGAACCUGGCUGCUGUAUCUGCCAUGUACCUGGAGCAUUGGUUUGGCAGCUGAGCCAGGUUGUUUUCCGGAUUGGUACAUGUUAUCCCUCUUUGGCACUGGAGCUGUUCUGAUGCGUGGAGCAGGCUGUACUAUUAAUGACAUGUGGGACCGGGACUACGAUAAAAAGGUUACAAGAACAGCCAGUCGCCCUAUUGCUGCUGGAGACGUCUCAACUUUUCAAUCCUUUGUUUUUCUCGGCGGUCAGCUGACCUUGGCACUGGGUGUUCUUCUGUGUCUGAAUUACUACAGUAUAGCUCUGGGAGCAGCAUCCCUACUUCUUGUCAUCAUCUACCCGCUGAUGAAAAGAAUUACAUACUGGCCUCAGUUAGCCUUGGGGUUGACUUUUAAUUGGGGAGCAUUACUUGGAUGGUCUGCUGUCAAGGGCUCCUGUGAUCCAUCUGUUUGCCUGCCUCUUUAUUUUUCUGGAAUUAUGUGGACUCUAAUAUAUGAUACUAUCUAUGCCCAUCAGGACAAGAAAGAUGAUGCGCUGAUUGGCCUUAGGUCCACGGCACUGCGGUUCCGUGAAGACACCAAGCAGUGGCUCAGUGGCUUCAGCGUGGCUAUGCUGGGCGCACUGAGCCUGGUGGGAGUGAGCAGUGGUCAGACCGUGCCCUACUACACUGCUCUGGCCGCUGUGGGAGCCCAUCUGGCUCACCAGAUUUACACUCUGGACAUCCACAGACCAGAGGAUUGUUGGGAUAAAUUUACCUCCAACCGAACAGUAGGACUAAUAAUUUUUUUAGGGAUUGUCCUUGGAAAUCUGUGGAAACAAAAGAAGACAGAUGAAACAAAGAAAAAUAUAGACUGUGGAAUAGCAAAUUAGCAAAUGAAGUUUAUCUAGGAAUUUUUAAAAUAAACUUUUACAAAAUACUCUCAGGUCUUGUAAAUACAUAAUUAGAUUUGAAUAAGCAAUCUUACGAUGUGUUAAAGAAUUAAGAACCAGAAGAUGAGGACUGAGACCAUAUUUGCCCGGAUUUUAGUUCAAGUAGUUACUAGCAGUACCUUUCCCCUGUCACAGAAACCAGGGACUCUUCAGGAUUUGAGAUGACCUUGAGUAUUUAAGUUGAUGCAUUCUUCUUCCCAUUAUCAUCCUUAUCUGCAUUUAUGGAAAUUGUAUGACUUUUGGCACUUUAGAAGAAACCUGACUGAUGUGUAUCUCAUCUAAUUGAAUGUCUUUGCAGGAAAAUGCACUCUUUUUAGGGGAAAAGAAAAGCUGCUACAAGUUGGGGUUUAUUCUUUAUUGUGACCUUUACUCACUGCCAAAAGCUGUAAUUCAGGAAACCAUGCUAUUUCUUAUAUUUUAGGAGAAUUUAAGUAAGUAAAUAAAAAUUUUUACCUGCUAUA